AUGUAUAGGCGACAGGUGCAUCUGCGGCACAACAUGGCCUGCUGCGAUGUUUGCGAUAAAAUAAUGGAAUGUUUUACAAAUGGAUACCAAGCACUCACCAAUCUGGAAUCCAACGAAAAUAUGUCGUACGAAGGAAUAAAAAACGAUCUCGACAAGAUUAGUUCUGAUUGGGAAGAUCUCGAAAAAGAGACGUCGUCCACAUUAAAAGAAACCAUGGAAUAUUUCACUCAGUUCACGGAAAAUGAACCGAAAGAAUCAGAAGUUGAGACAAUUUUGACAAGAGCCAAGCUGCUUGAAGAGAAAUUUCGCAGUCUGUUGACAAGGUAAGGACACCAGCCAUGCGGUAUUAACUUUUAAGAAGACUUUCAAUGCCCCACCUGUUGACUGGAAGCUUAUCUAUAAUAAAGGGUAAUUAGGAGGUCACAGAUUUCAUUACACUUUCAUAUUUUCAGCGGUGCUGUUAUAUAAGCUGAAGACGAAAAACUCGAAAAUUAAUAAUCGUCGAAAAAUCUUAACAGCUGUGGAUGACUGACCAAGAAGGCUUAAAAUCUGGUUAAACUGCACUGAAAGAUUUUUCGAUGAUAAAGCUAUAAAAUAACUUACGGGGUAGUUUUAAUCAUUUGCCAAAUAUUUUUUACGCAUACGUAACCCUACUCAAAUAAUAAAAUUUCUGUGCAGUUGGUUUAAAUUUGCUAACUUUUCUCACUAGCUGUUCCGAGUCUGAUCUGAUGAAUUGCAAAAAUGCGUUGUCAAUCACAAAACAUUUGUUCCAGAGAAAGGUUCCCAGCCAACAAAAAUUUAGCCUUCCAGAGAAUGAAAGAUGGAAAAAUGAAAACAUCGAAAAAUUAGUAAACGAUGACUCAUCUGACUCCAUUCUCGGCCAAUCGAUUUGCCCCAUGUCAGUCUGUGAUCGAGGAACAAUUUGUCCGAGUGUGUCCGCUAAUAAGUAAUAUUAGUAAAAUCCAACUACUGGUCUAUUAUGAAUGCUGCGUUCUGAUUGGUUGAGCUACUACAAGGCUAUAUGUUAUAGCCCACCAGUAGCGAAAAGCGCCGGAUUUUUGGUGGCAAAAAAAGAUUAAAGUCUAGCUUUAAGUAGUUAAAACUUUUUUAUUCUCGGUAUUUUUGACCAACUAGUUGGAUUUUAUACUAAUAUAAUUAUUCCUCUCGCCCUCAUGGCCUCUGAGUUAAUAGCCCAUUCGGCCUUCGGCCUCAUGGGCUAUUGACUCAGAGCCCAUUCGGGCUCUUUCAGGCAUACAAAGAUUGGAGCGCGAGCAAAAGUAUAUCCUAGUCUUGUUGAAGAGCGGUACCAAUACUCCGAGACAAUGAAAAACAACAUUGUGACGCAUGGAAGACGUGCCUGGAUUUUAUCGGUACUCUUAGGACUGAUCCUUGGUGGAGUCAUAGCGUGGACGGCAUGGAACAGCCAGAUUCUUCCUGUAGUUUUUGGUGUUCCGAUCGGGGGAGGUGCAUUAUUGAUAAUUGGCGGGUUGGUUUACUUCAUUUUUGCUGCUGUCGCGGAAAGAGGGGUCAGGAAAUGGAAACAACUGCAGCAAGGAGUGUCGCACUUGCAAGAUACGGCAAAAUUUAUCCUCAGGAAAGCUCAGGAAUUAAACCUUUUGCCUGUGCAACUGCAAGUGAUG